AUGCGUUCUGAUAGAUCAAGAUCUGUGAGAUUUCAAGAUGAACUUGAGACAAAUAAGUUAAUGGCCAACAAAGAAAAACACUUGUCACUGGUGGCCUAUGACGAGAUGAGUGGCAAACACAAGGUUGGGAAGGAUGCAAUAAGCAAGUCCUGUGAUGGAAGAGAACUUUCCAGGGUCUUUUCCGAGGAUUAUGAUUCAGAACAGAUUCUGAUAUUGGAUCCUAGGGGACAUAAAGUUAAUACAUGGAACAAAAUCUUCUUAGCAGCUUGCUUGCUUUCAUUGUUUGUGGAUCCCCUUUUCUUUUACUUACCAGUGGCUAAGAAAGACAAGUGCAUUGAUAUGUCAACUGGUCUUGAAGUGGUCCUCACCAUAAUCCGGUCUUUGAUUGAUGCAUUUUACAUUAUUCAGAUUUAUUUUCGGUUUCAAACAGCUUAUAUUGCUCCUUCCUCUCGUGUUUCUGGUAGAGGAGAGCUUAUUAUAGACUCUUCAAAAAUUGCAUCAAACUAUAUGCGAAGAGACUUCUGGCUUGAUCUAGUGGCUGCUCAACCACUUCCACAGGUAUUAAUUUGGGCCGUAAUUCCAAAUCUAAAAGGGCCUCAAAUGAUUGCUUCAAGGCAUGUUUUGCGCCUUGUUUCCAUUUUCCAGUACCUCUUGAGGUUGUACCUUAUUUAUCCUCUAUCAUCUGAAAUCGUCAAGGCAAAUGGGGUAAUGAUGGAAAAAGCAUGGGCUGGGGCAGCAUAUAAUCUGAUGCUCUAUAUGCUGGCUAGUCAUGUUUUAGGAUCAUCCUGGUACCUGUUGUCAAUUGAACGCCAGAAUGAAUGUUGGAAGAAAGCUUGCACACUGCAGUACCCACAAUGCCAGUAUCAUUAUCUUGAUUGCCAAAGCAUGGGUGACCCAGAUAGGAUUGCUUGGUUAAGCUCAAGCAAUCUCUCAAGCCUAUGUGAUCAGAAUAGUGAUUUCUUUCAAUUUGGCAUUUUUGCUGAUGCUCUAAAUUUGGAAAUUACAGCCUCAAAAUUCUUCAACAAGUACUAUUACUGUCUGUGGUGGGGACUAAGGAAUCUAAGCUCUGUGGGACAAAAUCUCUUAACAGGAACACGUGUUGCAGAGAUCAAUUUUGCUGUGAUCAUUGCAGUUCUUGGAUUGGUGCUUUUUGGAUUACUUAUUGGAAAUAUGCAAACCUACUUGCAAUCCACCACUACGCGGCUAGAAGAAUGGAGAAUAAGAAGAACAGAUACGGAAAGAUGGAUGCAUCACAGGCAGCUCCCUCGUUACCUGAAGCAAAAUGUGCGACGUCAUGAACAAUUCAGAUGGGUUGCUACUAGGGGAGUUGAUGAGGAAACUAUUCUCAGAGACCUUCCCACAGAUCUAAGACGUGACAUCAAACGCCACCUUUGCCUUAAUCUAGUUCGACAAGUACCAUUGUUUGAUCAAAUGGAUGAGAGGAUGCUAGAUGCAAUAUGUGAAAGGCUGAAGCCUUCUCUUUUCACUCCAGGCGCUUGUGUGGUCCGCGAAGGUGACCUUGUGAAUGAGAUGCUUUUCAUUGUUCGAGGACGCCUAGAUUCUUGCACCACCAAUGGUGGCAGAACAGGUUUCUUCAACUCAUGUAGACUUGGCUCUGGUGACUUCUGUGGUGAAGAGUUACUGCCAUGGGCCUUGGACCCUCGUCCAACGGUUGUCCUUCCUUCCUCAACUCGCACAGUGAAAGCUAUCACUGAAGUGGAAGCCUUUGCACUCAGUGCAGAGGACUUGAUGUUUGUGGCAGCGCAGUUCAGAAGGUUGCACAGCAAACAACUGAGGCACACUUUCAGGUUCCACUCCCAUCAGUGGAGGACUUGGGCUGCAUGCUUCAUACAAGCUGCAUGGUUCAGGUAUAAGAGAACGAAGGAGACAAGUGAGCUCAAGAGAAAGGAGAAUAUGAUGAUGGCCUUUGUGCCUGGAGCUGGCACUGAACAUUUCUCUGCACCUCUGCAGGCCCCAAUGGGCACAAUGUAUGCAGCAAAACUAGCAUCCAGCCCAAGGAAAGGUAGAAGCCUGAGAUAUGGACCUGAACUUAACAUUCUGGGCUCACUGAGGAAGCCCCUUGAACCAGACUUUACUGAUGAUGAUGAGGAUGACAGUUAA